UCCGCUCCAUGCAAACCCACUUGAAAUAUACGGAGCACCCGCUGUUCGUGCCGUGUCGUCUCGUCUCGUCUCGCGCUUCACUCCGCUCCACUCCACUCCACUCCGCUCCGCUCCGUCGCGAGCCACACAGAGCGCCAGACCGUGAGAGAGCAACCGCUGUGCGAUGACGGGGACGGAGGCUACCACGGCGACGGCGAGCGGCGGCGCGGGGCUGUGCCUGGCGCGUGCGCCGUCGCGGACUGGCAGGGUGGUCGACGUCGACCUCGACGCGCCGUCGCCCAGGCCGGCGCUCGGGCCUGCCGCCGGCGUGCCGUUCCUCUGGGAGGACGCACCCGGGAGGCCCAAGGCCGUGCCUGCCCAAGCCGGCGAGCCAGCGUCCGCUCCACGUGCCGCCUUGCCGCGUCUUGUUCCUCACGGCGGCGGCGGCGAGGCUGGCGCAGGGUAUGGCGGGGAGGGGGACUUGCCGCGCCCCGUGGCGCCGCUCAGGCUGCCGCCUCGUCUGCAGGCGGCGGUAGCGGCCGCCGUGGCAGCCACAGCGGAGUGCUCGCUCUCCCCGAAUACCGUGCUUCAGGGCCCCUACGGCAGCGGCGGCGGCGGAGGAGGAAACAAGCCGCCGAGGCCGCUGGGGAGGAGCGGGGGCACCACGAGCGGCAACAGGAGGAAGCCAAGCGCCGGCGUGAGCCUCUGGAAGAAGGCCACGGCCGCGGCGAGAGGCAAGAAACACGGCGACGACGACGCUGCUGCUCUGGACACCUCGUGCCGCUCUCCAGCGUCGUCGUCAUCCUCCUCCUCAUCGUCGUCGUCCUCCUCGUCGAUGUCCUACUUCGGCGACGACCACCGACGCCAAGCAGACGGUGAUGGGCACGACGACCCGGAGGACGGCGGCGCCAAGAGCACGGUGAGGAUCACGAGGUUCCGAAGGAACAGUAGCAUUCCAAGUGUGACCACUUCACACCUGUGGGCAAGCAUCUGCAGAAGCGUAAAGCAGAUCACUCCAUGGAGCUAGAGACCCUGCCAGUGCCAGCUUCCAAAGUACAGACAGUGUCACAAACUGUACCCAGCCAUGCAGAUCUGCAAAAUGUUGAGCUCUGGGAAUUACAAGGACAUACAAAAGCGUUUUCUGCUCAAUGUAAACUGGUUUUAAGGCUGUAAAUCUAUGGUGCCAGGAUUUAGAGUUAGAUAAACUUCGUUGCUUCGGGCAUUUCUUCAUAUAUCCUCUGUAAAUACCAUGGGAUGCCCAGGAGCAGGGUUCGCGUUACCGCGGUUACCGCCGCGGUAACCGCGCCCUCCGCCGGCCGAGGCACGGCUUCGGCAAGCCGCGGUAACCGAGUUUAAAUUUGAGGAGAAUUUAAAAAAAUU